CCAAUCAUGGCGGAUUCUUCAACGUCAUACAUACAUAUGGUGCAUCAUCUGAUAGAAAAGUGUUUGAUCUUCAACAUGACGAAAGAAGAGUGCAUGGAAGCGCUAUCAAAGCAUGCAAACAUCAAACCUGUCAUCACUUCCACCGUCUGGAAUGAGCUUGAAAAGGAAAACAAGGAGUUCUUUGAAGCCUAUGCACAAUCUCAAAGAAAAGAAGACCGAAUGUCCGAGGAAGAGACAAGUCAAAUGAUCCAGAAGAUGAUGUCGGAUUCCUCUAAUAAGAACCCCGAUGAAUAAUAUCGAUCCAAUCUAAAUUUUAAAUAACGACCACAAA